ACAUUUACAAUGCUACUAAUAUUUUGCAGCUGCAAUAUCAUCUUACUAGGAUGCACUGAGGAAUUUAUUGCUAUAAUCAACAUUUAUCAUUGAAUAAAUUUGUUUUAAACACAGCUCCCCGUCUAAUAAUCUGACACCUGAGGGUAGAGGUUAACGUAAACCCUUCCAACAAUACAAACAUUUAAAACGCUGACUCGUGUUAGUUUGUCAGCUGUUAGAAGAGGCGACUUGAGUGGUUGACGAUGCGUUACCAGCAAAAGGGUUUCGAUUAACGUUUUCUCACCGUGCAAAUUUCCCUUCCGUUCUCGUGGCCUCUGUACACUUGAAUGUGUUGUUAAUGUGACAGCCUGAGCAGGUAAGUCCCUGCAGCUCCCUGCUGUUGUCCCUGUCCCCGACAGAGCGCAUACACUGCUGUGGCUUUCAUGUUAAACUCCUGGAUGCUGUGAAGUUGCCUUACCUGCAGUCCUACAGCCUUAUUGUUUGUCAAAGAGGUAAAUAUAAUUGUUGCAAUUUGUAACACCAGAAAAUUACGAUGUUUAUUGUAUUUUUUUGUCCUAAAAGCUUCUGAAAACCAAUGUAAGCCGUGGAACACUAAAUUGACCCAAAUUGAUUAUGUUCUUAUUUUUCCUGAGUGCAGCCAGUGGCUGACCAAUUACAAAUAAGCGUAAAGAGGGUAAAAAAUAUUUUAAGGCUUUUAGUCUGUAGGUUAGAGAAAUGUUUAUCACAUUCUAAAGUAGACGACAUGAUUGGCUAAUUGUCAACAAAUGGUAAUACCUAAUAUGUAUUUACCAGAAGGCUAAUGGUGAUGUUGAGUGUAGCGGCCCUUCACCGAUAAUCAGAUGUCUCUCUUGAGGUUUUCACUGCAUUUGUUGUGCUCCAACUUUGAUUAUCCCUCUGCCGGCUCAGUGGUGCCUGUGCUUUAAGAAGGAAUGCAGCUCAGCAUUCAGUGUCCUCAAGAGGCUCGGAUUUAAGAGUGAGUAAGUGACUGAAACCUGUUGUCUGUGGUAACAGCCAAAUCAGACACACUCCCCGAUAUCGUUCUCUUCUCGAGCAGCUCCCUGGCUCUGAAGCGCUCGAGUCAUUUUCAUGUCAAGCGGUCAGCUCUGCCAAAACACUGCAUCGGCCCUUCAACUGGACCUUAAGCAGUGCAGAGAGGCUGUGAGGCAGGUGCUUAUUUGAAAAUAUACAUGUGUAAUAUUAAGUAUGAAAAUUAAAGUUGCUGUUUUCUUUAUAUGGCUUUGAACAAAAGGCAUUAUUAUUAUUGUGAAGUGGUAUGUGGGCUAGUUUUCUUUUUCUUUCUUUUCUACCAGCAAAUCUGCGUUGUCGGUGAAUGUGUACCAGCUGACUGAGGUGAACUUUGGAGUGCCAAAAUGAGACUUUGCAUGGGAUGGAGAGGCUUAGUCAAAUAAAUCUUGUCAGCUGCAGCCUGACAGCACAACAGGAAGAGGAGCAGGCACACAGGACCGCACACCAAGGUUGAGUCUGACUGACCUGUUGAAAAAAGGACGAGGACUUGCACUCAAAGUGACUGGACCCUCAAGACAACAGCACUGAACAUGGCCUCAAUUCUGCAGAAGCUGAUCACCCCGAUGUUCAGUGGUCCUCCUGAGCCCCCCAGGAAUAAAGUGACAGUGGUGGGCGUGGGCCAGGUUGGCAUGGCCUGUGCCAUCAGCAUCCUGCUCAGGGAGCUGUCCGAUGAACUGGCCCUGGUGGACGUGAUGGAGGACAAGCUGAAAGGAGAGAUGAUGGACCUGCAGCACGGCAGCCUCUUCCUCAAAACUGCCAAAAUAGUUGCAAACAAAGACUACUCCGUGACAGCGAAAUCCCGCAUCGUGGUGGUGACAGCUGGAGUCCGUCAGCAGGAAGGAGAGAGCCGGCUGAACCUCGUCCAGAGAAACAUCAACAUCUUCAAACACAUUGUCCCUCAGAUCGUCAGAUACAGCCCCGACUGCACCAUCAUUGUGGUUUCCAACCCAGUCGAUGUGCUGACUUAUGUAACCUGGAAACUGAGCGGCCUUCCCCAGCACCGCAUCAUCGGCAGCGGCACCAACUUGGACUCGGCGCGCUUUCGCUUCCUGAUGGCCGACAAACUGGGAAUCCACCCCAGCAGCUUCAACGGCUGGAUCCUGGGAGAACAUGGAGACACCAGUGUGCCUGUGUGGAGCGGAACAAACGUGGCAGGCGUCAACCUGCAGACCCUAAACCCGGACAUCGGCACUGACUGUGACGAAGAGAACUGGAUGGAAACACACAAGAUGGUGGUGGACAGUGCCUACGAGGUGAUCAAACUGAAGGGUUACACCAACUGGGCCAUCGGUCUGAGUGUAGCUGACCUGACAGAAAGCCUCAUCAGGAACAUGAACAGGAUUCAUCCGGUUUCCACCAUGGUGAAGGGCAUGUAUGGGAUCACUGACGAGGUGUACCUGAGUCUGCCCUGCGUGCUGAACAGCGGAGGUGUGGCCAGCGUGGUCAACAUGACCCUGACCGAUGACGAGGUGGCCCAGCUGCAGGCCAGUGCCGACACGCUGUGGGACAUCCAGAAGGACCUGCAGGACGUCUAACUGAACAGCAGGGGGCGCUGCAGCCCUUCCCUCCUGACGAGUGUUAUCGCUUGUUGUGAUUUAUCACUGUGCAGUCACUAAGCGCCACUCUUCACACCUUCAUCCCACUGCCCUCUGUAGAUUCACAGGCUUACUGGAGUUUAAACCCGUCAGAUGUAGCUGUAGGUGUCAGUUUGCGACAUUAACUGAGUGAAAUGCUGCUCUGACUCAUCUGCCCUCGGCUGUUUUGCAGUGUGGGACCGUGUGUCACUCAUGUUGCUUUGGUGUGUCAUAAAGCAAGUUAGUUGUUGCUUGAACAGUAAAGUGCACUGGAAGUUUAAUCUAAAAAAUAAACAGUCCACAGAUAAUUUGAUACUUCCUUCCACAUAUAUUGGAUCUUCAUUGUAAACAAAUAAAAUAAAGCUCU